CCCAAUCUCCAGUUGCACACGAAGAUGAACGACUGCGAGCAUUAUCCUUGACCAAACCUCCAUCAUCGAAAUUGCAUUGCAUCCUCGGAUAGUCAAAUCAUCAUACCAUGGCUACACAAUCCGACGAAUCUCCUUCACCACCUCAAGACCUCUCCGGCUCUCAGUUAACCAUCCCAUCCGAUUCCGAGCCAUACUCAUCAUUAUCUCCUCCAUCUUCAUCUCCGCCUCAAUCGUCAGAUAACAAUGGUAGUCAACCGGUGAUAAUAUACACACCGCCCACUAUAUGGGGAAUCUUGCGGGGAGCUGCAAUCAAUCUCCUGUUACCUUUUGUGAACGGGAUGAUGCUGGGAUUUGGUGAACUGUUGGCACACGAAUGGGCUUUUCGUUUAGGAUGGAGGGAAACAAAUGUCUGGCCCCGACAUCGAGGUUCACACUCCAUCGGACCCGGUGUCGAAAUGAGAGAUGACCCAGUGGAACGAAGAAGACGGAACAGCGAUUUCAACAGCGAAUUCGAGCCUGACGUGAUUGAUGCUGCUUCAUUGGAAUAGAUGUGAUAUGAUAUGCAGCCUUCGAUUCUCAAAAGACGAAAGAAUUGCAAAUGAAAUGAGUUGUUUGGGUCCGAACUUCAGAGGGCGCCAUAACGAGCUGUACAUAUUAUUUCUAAAAGAGAAA